AUGGAAAGCACCCCCUGGGGACGCACCAAAGGUAGAGGUGUCCGAAUCAAGGGUAUCACUACGGCAUUGGAACAACCGUCAAAUAUCACAGUGUAUACUGACGGCUCUAAAAUUGACAACAAAGUGAGCAGUGCCUUCGUUGCCUUGUGUCCACCAAUAAUAAUACACAAAUGGCAAGGAGCCCUUAGGGACUUUAAUAGUGUUUUCGAAAGUGAAGCUAAACCCAUGGAACAGGCCAUACAAUAUAUACAACAAAAACAAAUUAGGAAAGUAACCAUUAAGACAGACAGUCUAUCCGUUUUACACGCCAUUAAUAAUGCGGAACAUUCAUCACCCACCAUAGCAUCCAUACAACAAAGAUUGCGAGAGAAUAAUGGACACUCCUACAUGCUGGAAUGGACUAAAGCACAUGUAGGAGAUUACGGAAAUGAGAUGGCAGAUAGUCUAGCUAAGGGCUCUAGGUGGAACUUCAGGUCUAGUCAACAUUCCUGGCCCAUUUCCCACCUCAGAAAAUCCUUGAGACUCCACGCUACGUCUAAACGACAGGAAGAAUUGGACCAAGGAGAGACAGAACGCAGAACUUUCUAUCAUCUAUCAUACGUUGAUUCGGAAAGGACUAUAAGUAAUCCACAGCUCAUACACUACAUUACGGGGCAUGGUCCCUUCCCGGAAUACUUUGCAAAACGCGGCAUCAGUGAGACGGAUAUAUGCAGCUGCGCAGAAGUGGGAACUCCGGAACAGUAUGUCACAACAUGUCCACUAACAACUGGACUACAUAUACUUAUCCCGCAGACCAAUCGUCAAGCGUUCUGUAAAUUUCUUAUAAAGCAACGUCAUCUCAUAUACAAACUAACAAAAGUAAUGGAUAAACUCUAUGCGCUUGGCACAGAUCUGUGUCAAACAGCCUAA